GUUUCUCUCUCCACGCGCGUGCUAGCUAGCUCCUUCUCCUUGCUUCGCCUGCUUACCGCGCCAUUUUUCCGGAAAAGAAGGCCUCCACUCUCUCCCCUCCAUCAUUGCCACUGCCCAAAACGGCAACCGCCCCACUCUCCAUGUGCUCCUCCACCGCUUCCUCUGACCCGACUGCCAUUUACUCGCCCGCCACCGCGCGCUGCUCUCCUCGCCUCGCAUAGAUAGCUAAGCUAGCUCUCUCCGUCCGUCCAUCCAUGGCCUUCCUGCACUAGCUCCCACCUCUUCCGCCGCCGACUCCAUAUUUGCAGCUGCGCAGCGCGCCUAUAUCCGUCCGCCGUUCGAUCUCGAUGAUGGCAAUGGCGGCGCCAAGGCCCAAGUCGCCGCCGUCCUCGCCGGACCCUUGUGGCCGCCACCGCCUGCAGCUCGCCGUCGACACGCUCCACCGCGAGAUCGGAUUCCUCGAGGGCGAAAUUAACUCCAUUGAGGGGGUGCAUGCUGCCUCCAAAUGCUGCAAAGAGGUUGAUGAGUUCGUAGGAAAGAAUGCCGAUCCAUUCAUAACGAUUUCGUCGAAGAAUGGAAACACUGAUCGAUCUCACCACUUGCCAAAGAAGUUUCGAGCCCGUACGUGUUUGAGCUACCUGUCGUGGAUCUGCUGCUGCGGCGGGUGCUCCACCAUCCAGAUCAAGGGACCGAGCUGCUGCUGCUCCUGCGGAGGGCUGGAAAGGAUGUGCCGUUGCUGCAGCGGCGGCCGGUGCCGCGUCGGGUGCGGGGGCUGUAGCGGAGGCUGCUGCUGCACCAGCCCGUGCCCGAGAUGCUCCUGUGGCUGCACCUGCUCCUGCCCCAGCUGCUGCUCCUCCUCUUCCUGCGCAUGCCUCCCUACCAGCUGCAGCACCGGGUGCUGCGGUGUCCCACGGUGCUGCCUCUGUUUAUGAUGAGGGAUUGAUUUCUUAUUCUUGGGUGUCCUCUUGUUCGUUAAGAGUUUGAGGCUCAGCUGGUGUUUUUGACGGGGAUGUAUUUGCUGAGUUCCUAAUCUUUUGGUUAAUGUUGUGCCAUGGAUUUUCUUGGUUAUACUUGGAGUCGAUCUUCAGUUUGAGUCGGGUGGAACUAGGGGAUAAAUUUCUGUGGCAUUGGGUGGCAGCUGUGGGAAAUUCAUGUGGAAUGCUCCUGGACGUCAGGGAUAGCACCCUAGAGCUAUCAGUGCGCUUAUUUUGCACGGUGC